AUGAUUAUCGAAAAAGGAUUUUAUUUUCAAUUUUUAUGUAUCAGUAGCAUAAAAUAUGAAUAUGACACUGAGAUUAGUAUUUUUUGUUAAGCUUUGAACAGAAUGAGACAAUCUUACUUUCUUACUUUCAUAUAACAAAAUAUUUGGUUCAAAAUCUCCAAUAAAUGUUCUAGUCCAAGAAGGGUAGAUUUCUUUAUAAGUAUUUAAUUCUAGGUCUUUUAUGGAUGCUAUUCCCCUCAAAGUUUUAUAUCAUUAACUAUAUAAUUGAUAUUCAUAAAGUUUCCAAUAUGUAAAGAUAUUUAGAGUAGAAGGAUUUUAGAAUGCUUUAAAAAAGCUUAUCUUGGUGUAACAGAAUAAGAUAUAAAGUCUUUAGGUAUUGAAGCGUUAAUAGCAGAAGAAUUUAAAAUAAAAGAAGAGUAAUAUACAAUAGAAUUAUUAUAAUGUUUCUUAAGAAAUAAGGAUUACUAUUUAAUUGAUUUAUUAUUGAAAUAUGAGAAGAAAAAUGUGGAUGCUCAAAAAUUGAAUGAAUUAAAUGAAGAAGCUUGA